AUGUCGCCCGCGCCAGACGUGAAGCCGUCCCAGACGAGCUCGAUACUCAAGGAGCGGCGGUUCAAGCUGAGCAGAGCGUGCGACCGUUGUCGCCGGCGCAGGAUUAAGUGCGACGAGGGCCACCCGUGCCAGUCGUGUCUCACGUCCAGCUCGGCGUGCACGUUUGAGGAGCCGGGCAAGAGGACGCACCCGCACAAAUCAAAGCGGGCAGCAACGCUCGAAGACCGCAUGCAGCAGCUCGAGACGCUGAUCCAAGCCAUCCCUCCGCAAGUGUUCGCGGGGGCCGGUGCGCUCGGCGCUGGCCUACCGCAGUCGCCCGUCGAUCCAAGUACAAGUCCGCACGCGUCGUUCGCGUCGUCGACGCACAUCUUCCCCACGGCUGUCCCCCCACCUUCGCUGACGGCGUACCCGCUGAUCAACCCGUCGACGUUCUUCGGGCCCGUCAAGCCCGGCUCGCGCAAUGCGAGCCCGGGCUCGGGCUUCAGGAUGGGGUCGUCGAGCGGCGGCGUGGAUCAGUUUGGGGAGGAGACGUCGCGCAUGUCCCUCGCUUCGUCCUACAUGUACUUUGACGACGAGGGCUACACGCGAUGGCAAGGGGAGACGUCGGGGCUUCCCAUCCUCGACCUCCUUGUUGAGCGACACGCUGUCGUGAAACCUGACCCGGAGCGGCCGAUCGGCCAGCCAAGCUGUAAAGGACUGAACGGGCAGCCGUCCACCUGGUUCCCUGACCGGCAGCCGCGGCGUACAGAAGCGAACCCGGAGCACAUCUGGAAGCUGAUCACCUCGUUCAUCGUCCCCGAACUCAUGGACAGCCUCGUGCAGUGCUACCUCUCGACGUCAUACUACCUGAUGCCCUUCCUCCACGUUCCGAGCUUCCUCGCCGACUAUGGCAACCCCCGAAAAUGGGGCGAGCCUGGCUUUGCCGCGUUCAUCGUCGCGAUCUGCUGCCUCUCCUCGCGGCACACCGACGACCUGCGCGUGCGCGCGGACCCGAACGACAGCAACAGCGCAGGCACGCAGUGGUUCGACCUCCUCACGCGCCUCCGCCUCCUCCCGGGCGCGGACAAGCCCACGAUGUACACGAUCCAGUCCGUGCUCAUCGCGGGCGUGUACGCCGUCGGCCUCGGGCGGCUCUCAAAAGCGUUCGCGCUCCUCUCCGAGGCGAUCACGCUCUCCUUCGACGCGGGCCUGCACCGCUCCGCGGACGACUACGACCUCUUCGACCCCGUCGAGGACGAGGUCCGGAAGCGCACCUUCUGGUGCGUCUACCUCUGGGACAAGCAGGCGUCCGCGCACUUCGGGCGGCCCCCGCUGCUGCGCCUGCGCGACUGCGACGUGGGCGAGCCCGCGAUCGUCGACGACGAGUUCAUCACGCGCGAGGGCGUCGGCGUCCAGCCGCAGGAGACGGAGAGCCGGAUGGGCGCGUUCGUGAGCUGCGUGCGCCUCUUCGUCGUCCUCGAGGCCAUCCUCGACAUCCCGCCCUCGCGCCCCAGCCCUGGGGAGGGCGGCUCGCCGUUCCUCGCGCGCGCGGCGGCCGUCCUGACGGGGAGCAGCGGGCCCCGGCGGGGCAAGCUCGAGCUGCGGGAGGAGGAGGCGCUGCUGGACGAGAUCUGCCGUGCGCUGCCCGCGCACUGGGCGCACUCGGUCGAGACGAUGACGAGCGGGGACGUGCUCCGCGUGACGCAGGCGGAGCGCAUCCACUGCGUCGAGCAGUACGUGCGCAUGCUCAUCCACCGGCACCGCUUCUCGGAGAUGGUCGCGGAGCGGCUGCACAACCACGUGCCGGACGCGGAGCAGGACGAGGCGGAGAUCGAGGCGAUGCGCGCGGCGCACGCGUGCGCGCUGCAGAUCAUCUCGUCGCACCUGCAUAUCGCGGCCAAGGGGCUGAUGACCUACUAUGGGGUGCAUGUGAUCCACCAGCUCACCGCGGCAGGCCGCACGCUCGUCGCGAUGCUGCUCAACUGCCAUUCCGACUCGCUGCGGCCGCUCAUCCCGCCCGCGCUGGACGCCCUGCGGUCCUGCGUGGGACUCCUGCGGCGUUUCAGCGGCCGGUACAUAUGCGGGCAGCGGUCAGGUGACCUCAUGGAAGAGUUCUGCAGAAUUACGCAAAUCCCUCUGGAGACGGCUCCCCGUCAGCCAGACCCAGGGUCUACCCCACCGAGCAGCCGCCCGCCGUGGGUCCGCCCGGUGCGCAAAAAGGCGUCGUCGAACGCGCGCUCGCCCGCGGGUUCGGGCGACUCCCCGCUCAACCACGGCAGCCCGGAGGACUUCCAGCCCACGGACGCGUUCCUCGACCACCUCGGCAGCCCUCAGCCCCCAUCGGCCGCCCAGCCCGCGUUCGGCGUGCCGCCGCAGCCGCCUUCGCAGCCGCAAGGCCCGUUCGGAAUGGCGUCGGCGCCGUUCAUGGACGCGGGGAGCCUGAUGCAGACGGACAUGGGCGCGGGCGGGAUGUCGACGGCGGACAUCAUGGCGUUCCUGAACGCGGACGCGGGCCAGCUGGACAUCAGCGCGCUCCUCGCGUCGCCGGACCUCGGCUCGUUGGACCACCAGGCGAACGGGUUCUACCACCUCGGGACGCCCGCUGGCGGGGCGAGCGCGCUCUCGCCAUAG